GAACGAGUUUUGCAUUCCUAUUCACUAUACUGUUCCAUAUUUGUUUAGUCAAAACUUUUGUUAUUGUAUUUGACUAAACUAAGGAUUAUAAACAAAUUAAUGUAUAAAAUGUGGAAGAACAGAUAACAUAACAAAAGCAAAUAUAAAUUUAAACAAGUCUCGGUCUUUUCCCUGUAUACGUGGUCGUUGACUCAUUUAUUACGGUGUUAAUUGUAUAGAACACCUGUUGCAGUUUGGAAAAAACCAAUGAAAGCGAAAUAUUGCUGGCUGAAAACAUAGAUAAUACGUGGUGUUGGCAAAAUCAUGGCAUCCAAUGACCUGUGGAUUAUAGCCUUAUAUUUGGUAGUACUAGUGUCAGGAAAUGACAAAGAUUUUCUAGUGGGUCAAAGACAGCUUCCCUAUAAAACGGACGAGCUCACAGAUCGACAUUUUCAUGAAAUAGCUCAACUAUCUGACGUAAAGCAUUUAAAAGAAACAGUAAAGGAAAUUUUGAUUCCACGCAUUGUAGGCUCCCCGGGUCAUGCUAAGGUACGUAAAUUUAUUGUCAAAUCUCUAGAGGAUUUGGGUUGGUCAGUGAACCUAAAUAGUUUCCAUGAUUCGGUACCUAUUCUGGGUAAUCUCCACUUUCAUAAUAUUAUUGCCAAAUUAAAUCCAAAAGCUGAACGUUAUUUGGUCAUAGCUUGCCAUUAUGAUAGUAAAUACAUGGGCGAUGUGGAAUUUUUGGCUGCCACAGAUUCGGCGGUCCCUUGUGCCAUGAUGUUGAACAUGGCUAAGGUGUUACAGCAACAAUUAGAACACUACAAAAACACCGAGCUAAGUUUAAUGUUCAUAUUCUUUGAUGGUGAAGAGGCCUUUAAGGAGUGGAGUCCCAAAGACUCAAUAUAUGGUGCUCGUCAUCUGGCGAAAAAAUGGGAGCGUGAAGAGUUCCUUCAAAAAAUAGAUAUUUUAAUGCUGCUGGAUCUACUUGGAGCUCCAGAUCCCAAGUUCUAUAGUUUCUUCAGCAAAACUGAAUCAUGGUAUAGCCGCAUCUUAAAUAUUGAAGAUCGUUUAUCUGACACUGGUAUGAUGGAGCGCUAUGUGAGUAGUGGUGUUUCGCGCCCUCAGGAGCCAAAUCGUUAUUUCCAACCCAAUGCUUUAAGAUCAUCACAUAUUGAGGAUGAUCAUAUACCAUUUUUAAGACGUAAUGUUCCUAUACUGCACAUAAUACCUGUACCCUUUCCCCAAGUUUGGCAUACACCGGAUGAUAACGAAGAUGUGAUUGAUUACAGCACAACGGAAAACCUAAGAAGAAUAGUAAGUCUAUUUGCUUUGGAAUACUUAGAAGGUAUUACAAAUAAUGCAUAGGUGAAUUAUAUUACUAAAAAAAGGAAAAGGCAAUAAGAGCCAGUUCAAAACACAAAAAAAUGGUCUGCAGCCGGAGAAUAUCCCAUUGUACAAAAAAAAACUUAUAAUAUAUUUGAAUGCCUAGAAAUUAUAUUAAACUGAACAUAAAUAUCGAAUAGCUCGUACUUAUAGCAUAAAAUGAAGUCAUCAAAAAAAGAUGGACUGCCAUUUUUUAUAUUUUUUGUGUUAUAUAUCAUUUUUUAAUUCCUUUGCGCUUUAUGUGCAACUUAAAAUGCGAUGAAAAUCCUUUUUGUAAAAAUGUAAAUAAUUUCAAAAACAAACAAAUAAAUUCCGCU